AUGCAUCUUCUCCCACCUCUCCGGGGGCACAGAUGUCGUAUCCCUCCUCCGCACAUUGCCCCUCUUCUUCAGACUCGUCGCUCCAAAGCUCUACAGCCCACUCCUGAUCUCAAACACCUGCAAUCCUUUCGUGGGACUUGGCGUUUCAGCCUGGUUUCAGCUGCCUUCUCUGCCUACCCGGGCCAGAGUCCUACGGGGCCACGCGGAUCUUAUGGAAAGGCCAAGCUGCUGCAGCUCGUGCUCACGGUGGUGAUGGAGCGUACACCGGAACUCGCUACCGGAGUAGUUUGGGAAAACUGCUACCAUUUGCCGCCUCUCCCCUCGGUUUCAAAUAUCGUAAUUCAGCCUGUCGACCGACAUGCCCGUCAAGACGGCGGAGAAGAUACGACUCUAACGAGAAACACCAUCAUCGAGUGGCUUUGCCCUUCUGCUACGCGAUUCCACGUCUCCCUUCCCUAUGGUCCUGUCGGGGUUGAAUCGAUUAGACCCCUGCCAUCUUUGCCGAGAUUCAGGGCUCUUCUGUUGAAGGUCGUCCUUUGCAAAUUGGAUCCUCGGGGAGGCCUAUUCAUCAAGGGGCAGAUCGUCUCUCCCCCUUGGUGUUCGCAAUCUGGCCCGAAUCUCCUCCUUUCCUGCAGCAGCAGUCAAGUGAAUAGCGAACUCAGCUCGAAUUUGUUCUUGGGCGGUCUCUCUGUGUUUCUUUUCUCGUUCUCUUCCAGAUACCCAGCCUUCUACAUCUACGACCAUCGCCUCGCUAGCCCUCACGCCAUCGAAUAUUCUGCCCAAGCGGCCACUCUUCACCUUGUCACUGCCGCCACGCCGAGACGUCCCCUGGACGUCCCCGAGGAUCCCAGAAUGCGCAUUAGGCGUAGCCCUCGGAGGGCCGCUGCUGCUCGUGUGGCCAACACCGCCGACAUUGUCGAACACAUUCUCGAUCACCCCUUCGCCAGCAAAGACCUCGCAUCCUUCCUGCGGGUCUCUCCCCUCUUCUUUCACAUUGCCGGCCGCAAGCUCUACUCUACACUUCCCAUAUCCAACGCUCUCAACCCUUUUUCCAGCUCGAGUCAUGGAGGCGAGCGAUGGGGUGGCCGUGGACCGUACGGCAAAGGGCAGUUCUUCCCGUAUAUCCGGACGGUGGUAGUCGAAAAAGCGCCGAUACCCAACCGUCCUACCUGGGCGGGAUGGGAAGAGCUGGCUCCCCUCCCCUCUGUAGAGAACGUGAUCUACAAGCGCGGCCCCACCUCAAAACUCUGCUGCUCUGCUACCCGACUUUACCUCUCUACUCCUCGCUAUGCCAGCAGCGAAGACUCUCUCCAGCGUGUCCCGUUCCUCCCCAACGUUCACACCCUUGUGCUCAAGGGGCGAGCUGCCGACAUUGAAAAUCACGACCUCGUCGCGGUCGAGCAGGAACAUGACGCCGUGUCGGCGUGGUGCUCCAAUAUCCGCGAAGUGCAUCUACUGCUGUGGGGCGACGUCGAGUAUCCUUACGGUCCCUUAGACCACAUAGGCGGGCCGAGCAGGUCCGGGGUAACAUACCAUCAGUUGAUGAUGCUCUUUGGCGCUUCCUCCGUUCACCUGUCGGCUUUCUUUUAUGGCCGCCUCCGCUAUUCUAUCAGAGAUCUAGCAUCUUUGGAGAACGUGGAGGUCCUGCAUUUGUAUAAUGUUGAGGAGAUAUUGAAAAGGAUUGCCAAUUGUAAUCCCAGCGGAUGGCGGGUUGGUGUAGGGACAGCAGAGGAAAUGUUGACAGGGGUGAAGGAGUCGUUUAUUCGGAAGGAAGAGGAUGCGAGUCAAGAUGAGGCAAGUGAAGAUGAGGCAAAUGAGGAAGAAGCGAGUGAGGAGAGGGUGAGUUUAGAAGGAGCAAGUGAAGAGGGGGCGAGUGGGAAAGAGAAGAAGUCGUUGAGCGUGACUUUCCACCCUGGAGCGGCCUUCUACAAAACUUUCGGCUCAUACGGACACAGUCAGAAGGAGGCAUGGUAUAGGUCGUUAGUCCUAGAACCCUCAGCAAAGCUCGUUGCUCUCAGACAGGAGUUGGCGGAUAUGACGGGGGAGCCAGCUGACUACUUCUCGGGCCUGAGCGAAAAGAAUGUCGAGACGAUCCUUGAUACCUACGAGGGCUAG